UACUGGUAAACAAGUUUCAAAUUUCAAUCACAUUCUUUUCUAAACCAAUUCAAUUUUAGGUUAACCGCAUUGUUUUGUUCUUUCGUUAACUGCAUUCUGUUAUGGCUGAAUCUUCACCUUCACCUUGUCUCUUUCGAUCCUUCUCCGUUCCGUCUGACACUAGUUGCGCACCACACGAGGGUAAUCCUCUUCGCGCUCUUGGAGAAUCUAUCUCUUUUGGGAGGUAUAUGUCCGAAAGCUUGAAUUGGGAGAAAUGGUCGGUAUUCACGCAAAACCGUUAUGUUGAGGAAGCUGAAAAAUAUUCCAAACCAGGUUCUGUUGCUGCUAAAAAAGCUUACUUUGAGGCUCAUUAUAAGAGAAAGGCAGCUGAGAAAGCUGCUGCAUUGGUUGAAGAAGCAAAUCGAAGUUUUGAAAGAAAAUGCGUUGAUGCACCUGCUCAGAUAUGGUCAGAAGCUGACGGCGUUGAGAUGGCCAAUGAAGAGAUAAGUAAAGAUAUUGUUGAUUACCAAGUUGUUGAUUGUGAUGAUGAUACAAAGCGAUGCAAAUGGGAUGACGGAGAAACUGAUUUGGAGAUAAAGUCAGAAGCCGACAGCACUGAGAUAACCAAUAUAGAGGUAGAUAAAGAGACUAUUGUUUACCAUGUUGUUGAUUGUGAUGAUACAAACCAAAGUAAAUGGAAUGGCGAAGAAAAUGAUUUGGAGAUAAAGUUAGAAGCGAACAGCAUUGAGAUAACCGAUGUAGAAAUAAAUGAAGAUACUGUCGAUUACCAAGAUGUUGUUUGUGAUGAUUUAGACGUUCCCAAGGUGGAAGUAGCUGAGAAAGUCCUAUAUCCUUGCAAUGAUAUGAAUCUUAAUGUGAAAAGUUGCAUGCUAUAUGAUAAUUCUAAUCAGCUUGGACAUGUUGAAGUCCACAAGAAUACUGUCAUCUCCAUUGAAAAGAAGGCGCCUGAUCCUGGCAUUACUGUUCAGGAAGGUUUGGCUUUGCCUGUCAAGGGAAGACAAAAUAAAUUCUUCUCCAAAAUCAUUGGCCAAAGCUACGGCUGAAAAACUGCCUCAUUCCCAUGAUCAAAGGAAAUCUUCUGCCGCUGUAUCACGUAGAAUUGGAAUAAUCAGUGGUUCGAAAUGUGAUAACUCUAUUGGAGGUGUAGUCGAGAAGAAGAGACUAACUGCACGGUCACUCCGCAGGUCGAUCAGUCUUCCUUCUGGCACUGGUGAACCAAGCAAAACAGCUGAUGCAGCUUUACGACCCAGAAAUGCCACAAACAGAUUUUUACCAAGUAAGAAUUCUGUAGGAAGCUUAGUUGAGAAUAAGAGAUUAGCUACAUCAUCACUUCACAUGUCGGUCAAUGUUCCAUCUGGCACUGAUGUAGCAAGUAAAACCACUACUGCGUCGGUUAAACCCAGAAAUGGAACUAACUUUGUUGCAAAAAGUUUGAAGUCUAUUGGAGCCUCAAUAGAGAAGAGACUAACCGCAAGGUCACUCCACAUGUCUAUCAAUCUCUCUUCUGGUGCUGGCGAGACAACACGGACAGCAACCCAGGCAUCUCGCGAUUUGUUAAAUCACGUUCCAGCAAAUGUUCCUUCUCAAGGCAGAAGCUGUCUGAAAUCUUUCAGCACCACCCAAAGCAGCCCCCGACUCCCUACCAAAUCAUUGCCUUUUAGAUUCAGAAGCGAAGAAAGAGCAAUAAAACGCAAAGAAAGGAUGAUAACUCACUACUAUUAACUAUAAUGGUUUUAUAGAACUUGGGCCUAAUUCAUUACAGGUGCAUUUUUCGCUGUC